UAAUAUAAAAUGGAGGACCUUCGUCAGACUGCUUUAGCUUACUAUAUGGCGGCGAAAAACGACAUACGACACGUCGUAGAUGGGUUUUUCCGUGAGAUGGACCCGAACGACAACGGGUACGUGACGUUCGAGGAGUUCUCGGCGUACAUGGAGACGAUGGGGUGCCCUAACAUGAGCUCGGAAGAGUUCUACGACGAGCUUAAGCAGUGUGGAAACGACGAGCUUUAUCAAGACGACAUCAUAACUUUGUUUUACAUAAUCCAAAGUAACAGACCCCUCUGUGGAGGCAAGUGUAAGAAAUUUGUGAAAGGGAUGUACUUCACUUGUUUGAGAUGCUUUGACUUUGACCACUGUGAUUAUGAGAUCAACCAAAGUAGUACCAGUACUACUGCUGCUUUCAGUGUUUGCUCUCAGUGUUACACUGAUAAACAUUUUGAGCAUCGCCAUCAGGAGUUUCUGGACCCCAUUGCUUUGCUUAAUUUAAAGAGACAGGAAGCUUUGAGUAGCAAGCAUACUACUUUCAUGGAUGUUCAUGAGGCAGCAAGUUCAAGUGUUUCAUCCAAUAAUAAGACCAUUGGAGGAUCUACAACAAGAUCAGAAAAACCCAAACAUGAGCGUUCUUCAUCAGAAAUUACUACGCAUUUCAUGAAACCAUGUCCGACAUCAUCAUCAUCAGCGUCUUCUUCCAAGUCUCAUGACGACGACAAACAAGGGACAACAAGCAAGUACUCUUUGUCUAACGCAAUUGUACCAGCUGUCAAUCAACAAUCUAAACAAGCUAAGUUGCAGACAGCAAUACAAUUUGGGCAGCUAGUGACAAGCAUAGGGAGUAUAGUGCUCGCAUCCCAGCUAUGUACCAUAAUGUGAUUAUCAUAUAACAACUCCUUAAGUUAGUAAAAUUAAGUAUUGCUAGUUUGGAGUUCAUUGACCUUUUAUAUAUAUAUGUAUAUAUAUGUCCCUUUUUAUGAUUAACAUAUAUAUAUAUAUAUGUGUCGUUGUAUCUAUGAGUCCUUUAUUAAUGAAUUAUGAGUUUACUUUUUCA